AUGCCCCGAAUACAAACAGCAAGCAUCCUUAAUUCGAUCACCAAUUCCAAGACUAGUGGCCUGCUGUCUGGAGAAGGUGACACGUCACCCUCUCAUAAUGUAGAGGAGAAAAUAACCGAUCUUGUUGGGACAAGAAAGCAUGCAAAAACGAAUAUACUGUUGCCAAAAGUACAGACACAUUUGCGUGGUAUGCAGCGGCGUUUGGAAAUACUGCAGAGACUGAUGCAUGAGGCAGCACAACAGAAUAAGUCUCGAUUGAUUGUAGAGAAAGCAGCAAUGAAAGUAGACCCGUGCUUGAUUGCGGUAAAAGUGAUGGAAACAAGUGAUAACAACGAUCACGUAGCAGACUUACAGGUAUCGGCGUCAAAAGAGCAUGCAGAAGAAUUGUUGGGACUGAACCUGACCUUGCCUAGCAUAUGCACAGAGAAAAUGCCAACUGAUCGAGUUAAUGGUUGCAGAGAUGACCAGACUGACUGUAGCUUAUCGUCAAGUGGUGAGGAAAGCUCUUUUUCAUCGACUACGUUGCUAAGCCGGAUUCACACUUUGCAGGAACAAUUGAAACAGACCAACGAUGAAAACCUGAAGCUACAGAAUACAGUCUGCAAGUUAGAGCAGGAAAACACUCGAUUGCAAGCUGAGACAGCAUUUUAUACAUCGGCACGUGAUGGGAAUGGUAGCGGGUCGACUAGCUCAAAAGACAACCGGUUGGAACUGAAUGUACUCGAGAGGAAUAGAAACGACUCUAGUAUGGCCAUGGCAACAUUUGGAGCUCCGUCAGCGUUUCAGAUAGUAAUGGAGGAAGACCUGGACAUUUUGAAGAACCAUGAGCGGUGUCAAUAUAAGCUGCAUGAGUUGUGGGAUACCGUGCGGCUGCUGAAGACGCUUGUGGAAACCUACGACAUUGAGCGAACUGCCAUGAAAAUUGAGCGAGAUGAUGCUAUUGCCGAGGCGGAGCGUGCAAACGUCGAGAAUAUAAGACUGAUAAGCGGUAAUAACCCGCAGCAGAAGAUUCAGUAUUUGCAGCAAAUGAAAAAGGACAAUCAAGCUUUGCGUCAGAAGAAUCGGGCGCUUAAUGCAAGAUUAGUCAAGGAGGCGGUUAAACUUGUUCAGGAGAAAAACGGUUAUUCACUACAUGAAGCUGAUGACGUAGCAUGUGCGAAGGUGGAUGCUGCGUUGCGCGAUGACACACUACAAGAAUCGGAUGAAUCCUCCAUGCGCAUGGAGAUUCUACGUAGGAUGCGGGAUUGUUGUAGAUUUUUGCAACAGCGACUUGAGCGUUUGCAUCAAGCAAAGCAGGAAUUACGGGAAGGUGAUGGAGAAUGGAGUGAGGCAUUGGAAUAUGAUUGUCGAAUAUCAGACUCAAGAAGACGCGAUCCUUUGUUAAUGAGUAAUAGGACAAGGUGA